UGCCCCAAAAAACAGACACAGUCAUUCCAAUUCACUCAUCUCAUUUACUGAUUAUUCACACAACAUUGCCAAGCAACAACACAUACAAACAUGGCCACUAUCCCUCCUUCACCUUCAACAUCUGUGGAAAUUGAACCUCCCCCAGACAUAGCAACUCCAGUCUGGUCGCUUGUGCAACCAAGACCCAUUCAUCCACCUCAGUUUUCCACUUUCCACUUCACCCCAACUCAGUUCAGCAGUCCCCAUCCCCGGUCUCAGGUGCAUUUUGCCUCCAUGCCUCCAGGUGGCGCUACUUCAUUUCAGCCAGAACCUAUGCAACUUUGCACAUCCACUGAAACUACACCAUCUUCUUCAGUGUCACAGCAUCGCCUGCCUGGUCACCUCCCAACUCCUGGAAAAGAAAUUCACCAUUUGACUGCACAAGUUCAAGGUAACUGGGACAACUUGUUUGAUUUCAUGAAACAUCAGGAGAAAGCUGUGAACGAACUCACCCAGGAGCAAAAGACAGCCACUUCCCAUCAAGAAAAACAACUUGGAGACCUGACUGCCAAAAUGGAGGCUAACCAGCAACAAAUUUUCACCACGUUAACUGCAACAAAAGCAGAUUUAGCCAAUUCCGAUCAACUAGUCAAAGCCAUGAAAGUGAUGAUCUCACAAGAGCUACAAAAAGUAGAAUCUACGUUUAUUUCUGAAGUCCGUUUUAUGGUGGAUCAACUUCAGGUUGAACUUCAGGGAGACAUCAGAGCCACACAAAAGAACCUUCAAAAGGAUCAUGAGCAGCUCUCCACUGAAUGUAAUCAGUGCAUCAUUCAAAUUGACAAGCUAACAACACAAGUAAAUGAGCUUCAAACAAACAUAGAGGAAGUCAAACGGCAAGGAAAAGAAAUGGCUGAUCACCACAGUAAAGGGAUACAACCACCACCCAGUGCCAUACUUACCGCAUACCCAUCACCACUAGAAAAUGCCCCAGAGUGUCCUCCUAUUCCUGCUGGAAAAAGUGACCAUUUAAAAUUGACCUUUCCCACAUUUGGAAGACCGUCGGAUGACGCCGAUCCUCUGCUGUACCUAACAAGGUGUCAGGAUUUCUUGGCAUUGCACCCACUUGCAGAGACCGACCUCUUGGCAACCUUCCGCAGCGUACUCCACGGCACUGCACGUGACUGGUGGGAAGUCGCCCGAUCUUCAGUAACGACAUGGAACGAAUUCGAGAGUGUUUUCCUCUCAGCCUUCCUCUCCGAAGACUACGAAGAUGAGUUGGCUGAAAGAGUCCGCGCAAGGUAUCAAGGAGAGAGAGAAUCUAUCAGAGAUUUUGCCUUUACAUAUCGAGCUCUUUGCAAAAGAUGGAAACCUUCCCUAACUGAACAUGAAAUAGUACAAAUGAUUCUCAAAAAUUUAAAACCUUACCUUGCCAGUCAGCUACGUAGUCGUGUGAGCACCGUUGAGGAACUGGUAAAGCUGGGACAUCAGCUAGAGAAGGACCAUGAGCAGCAAAUGCAAUAUGAAAAAUGUAUGAGCAGAAAAUCACCACAAGAAGUAAUUCCAAAAAACAUUAAACCCACUGACCAACCCCAAGUGCAAUGUUGGAGAUGUAAGGGACAUCACUCACCUGGAUGUUGUCCACUUUAUGGCAACCCAUCCACAAACCAACCUGCAAAACAACAACAUCCUUUCACUAGUCAACGAUCAUUUCAUUCCCGCAAGUCUGGAGGUCAAGCAACUAGUAAUUCUGUGACAGCCACAACAAAUAAAAGAUUGUCCACUUCCAAGAAAUCACCCCCUACACCAAUGCCUGGUUCUCCUGUUGUCAUCCCACAACAACUGAUCGUUCCAAUCCGCAUUGGUGGGUGGUCUGGAAAGGCCAUCAUGGACACAGGGGCCAGCUACACCAUGAUCCAUGAGAGUUUGUGGAAAAAUCUCUUUCCACAAGAGAACCUCCAAUCUUGGUCUCGCGGUCCACUGUAUUUGGCUAAUGGCGAAGCAGAGGUGCCUUUAGGAUGGUUGCAGUUACCAAUCCACAUUCACAAUAACACUUUCACUUUACCUGUCGCUGUCCUUUCCCCUAAAGCACUCGCCUACGCUGUAGUUCUGGGACUGGAUUUCAUCUUCUUCAGUGGCCUACAAAUUAAUGUAAUCGACAGUAAAUAUUCAUUUAAGUCCUCCCCACAAGAAGAUCAUCCAUUUCAACCUGGCAAUGCAAGUGUACCUGAUAUCAGCCCUCAACGUCAAAAGACGGGACCACAUGUAAAGACUUUUAACCAAAGCCUUUCACUGUUAAGCUCAAUCCCUCCACCACAACCUGUAUGCCGAUCAUCACCAUUUAUCAGUACAGAUGCACAAUGUUUAAUUGACACUGCUGUAAGUGAAGCACACUUACCCCCUGCUGAAAAAGACAGACUGAGGAGAAUUCUGGAGUCCAACACUCAGGUGUGCACCCUUCAACCAGGUCGUACUGAUGUCCUACAACACACUAUUUAUACACAAUAUCAAGUGCCCAUUAAGCAACGGCCAUACCGCAUGUCCCCAGCCAAACAAGCAGUGGUACAAGAGCAACUUGUGGAGAUGUUGAAUGCAGGAAUUGUAGAACCCUCACAUUCUGGCUGGGCCUCCCCUGUAGUCCUUGUUCCCAAAAAAGAUGGCAGCCUUAGAUUUUGUGUAGAUUACCGUAAGCUUAAUACCAUCACUGAGAAUGAUGCUUACCCCCUUCCCAACAUCACUGAAAUCCUUGAAUCUCUGUCUGGAGCAGCCAUCUUUUCAACCAUCGAUCUCAACAGUGGCUACUGGCAGGUGGCUAUGGACCCCCAGAGUAAAUCAAAGACAGCAUUCAUCACUCCAUCAGGGCUCUUCCACUUUAAUGUCAUGCCAUUUGGAUUAAAAAAUGCACCUGCAACAUUCCAGAGGUUAAUGGAAACAGUACUGGGAGACUUACGAAGAAACAUUUGCUUUGUCUACAUCGAUGAUAUUAUCAUAUACUCACUAUCUGUAGCUCAGCACUUCAAGGACCUUCAAACUGUUCUCAAUCGACUGCAGGAAGCUGGAUUGACCAUAAACCUUAAAAAGAGCAAGUUCUGCCUUACAGAAAUUACAUUCCUGGGACAUGUGGUUAGCAUCAAUGGCAUCACAGCAGACUCAUCCAAAGUUGAGGCCAUCAGAUCUUACCCUGUGCCAAGGAACAUCAAAGAGGUCCAGCGUUUUCUUGGACUAGCUGGAUGGUAUCACCGCUUUGUCCCAAAUUUCUCCAAGAUCGCUGAACCCAUCAAUACACUGAAAAAGAAGGGACAUUCUUUUCACUGGUCACCCCAAUGCCAGGAAGCUUUUGAAGAAUUGAAGGCACAUCUCACAUCACCUCCUAUCCUUGGCCAUCCAAAUCUCCAACUACCGUUCAUUGUGUACACCGAUGCCAGUGAUUCCGGACUCGGUGCUGUAUUAACGCAACGGAAAGCUCAAGGACUGGAGAAAGUCAUUGCAUACGCAAGCCGCACCCUUAACAAAGCUGAGACAAAUUACUCUGCUACAGAGAAAGAGUGCCUAGCAGUCAUAUGGGCACUUGAGAAAUGGCAACAUUACCUGGAGCACAAGAUGUUCACCGUAGUCACUGACCAUUCUGCACUACAGUGGGUCUUAAGUUCCCCAAAAACCACCAGCCGUCUCAUUAGAUGGGCCCUACGAUUGCAAAGGUUUGAUUUUGUAAUUGAAUACCGAAAGGGAAAACUCAAUGUAGCCCCUGAUGCUUUGUCUAGGAUUUCCAGCUUACCUUGUUGCAGCUUGUACUCCAGCCAGAAAGAGGAUAUUGAGUUUCCAGUCUCUGUUGUGUCAAUAUGGGAAGAACAACAGAAAGAUCCUGAGAUCAUAAAUGUUUUUAAAGCAUUGGCAGAGAACAAUAACAGUGAUCUAAAAGACAAAUAUGAAGUUGUGGAGGACAAACUAUAUCACAAGACCCACCUGUCAAAUGGCCAAGUUCACUACAGAGUGUACCUGCCUAGCAGUCUUAUUCCAGCUGUCCUUCAUCACUACCAUUCCCAUCCUUUAAGCGGCCAUGGAGGUAUCUAUAAAACCUACAAGCGACUACAAGAUGUUGUUUUCUGGCCAGGGAUGUGGACUGAUGUCAAAAAUUAUGUUAAGCACUGUAUAAAGUGUCAAACACUUAAAAGUGAAAAUCAGAAACCGGCUGGGAAGCUACAACCCAUUACCAUCUCGCAACCCAACAAAAUGGUGGGUGUCGACAUAAUGGGGCCGUUGCCAAGCAGCACACAACGUCAUGAAUACCUUCUGGUUUUUGUGGAUUACUUCACUCGCUGGGUUGAGUUGUUUCCCUUGCGCCGUGCAAAUGCACAAACCAUAGCGAAGAUUCUCAGGACCGAAAUCCUUACCCGGUGGGGUGUUCCAGACUUCAUCUUGUCUGACCGUGGUACCCAAUUUGUUUCCUCCAUGUUCAAAGAGCUGUGUGCAAAAUGGAAUCUCAACCAAAAUUAA